AUGAGCGGUGCAGGGAAGGUGGUGUGCGUGACAGGAGCCUCUGGCUAUGUAGCAUCAUGGCUCGUCAAGCUUUUGCUUGAGCAUCAUUACACUGUUAGAGCCACCAUUCGCGACCUCGGUGAUCCAAGAAAAGUUGCACACCUCAAGGAACUUGAAGGAUCUAAGGAAAGAUUACAUCUGUUCCAAGCCGAUUUAAAUGAAGACGGAUCUUUUGAUUCUGCAGUUGAUGGUUGUGAUGGUGUCUUUCAUGCAGCAUCACCCGUGUUCUCUUCAGUAACUGACCCUCAGGCAGAACUUGUAGAACCUGCUGUGAAGGGAACACUUAAUGUUCUUAGAUCAUGCAGAAAAGUAUCAUCCGUAAAACGGGUUGUGUUAACAUCAUCUACGGCUGCAGUUAUGGUCAACAAGAAUCCUCCAAGCCCUGAUGUUAUAAUUGACGAAACAUACUUCUCAGAUCCAGCAAUUUGCAAGGAAAAAGAGCUAUGGUAUCCCCUUUCAAAAACAUUGGCAGAGAAGGCCGCGUGGAAAUUUGCCAACGAAAAUUGCAUCUACUUGGUAGUGAUGAAUCCUUGCUUGGUAUUAGGCCCACUUCUUCAGCCAACUCUCAAUUUAUCUUCUGAGAUAAUUUUGAACCUUGUUAGAGAAGGAAGGGCGGAAUCUUCAGUAAACAGGUUUGUUGAUGUAAGAGAUGUUGCUCGUGCACAUAUUUUAGCAUUGGAGAAUCCUUCAGCUAGUGGCAGAUACUGCCUUGUUGGUACAUUACUGUUAACUUCUGAAGUUCUUCAGAUUUUACGGAAGCUUUACCCUCCUCUCAACCAUCUCGAGAUUAUUGCAGAAAAACUGAACCAAUAUCCAAAUCAAGUGUCCCAGGAGAAGGCAAAAAGUUUGGGCAUCAGUUUCACUCCUUUUGAGGUUAGUCUAAAGGACACAGUCGAAAGUCUCAAGGAGAAGAAUUUCCUAAGUUUCUAG